UUUCCUCUCAGGCCCGUAUCAAAACCGACCUAAAAAACUUGCGCGACAUGAUGGUGUUCGCGUUCGUGAUGAUCAACGCGCUGUUCGUGCUGGUCAUCUUCCUGCUGCAGCUUAACCAGGACUUGCUGCACUUCAAGUGGCCCUUCGGACAGCAGGUGGUGAUCAGUUACGACGAGGAUGCGAAUCUUGUGACCCUGAACCGCGACUACCUGAUGCUGGAGCCUAUUGGGUCUUUGUUCCUGAUCUUCUUCGGGUCGGUGAUGCUGAUUCAGUUUACCGCCAUGUUGAUGCACCGCCUUGGGACGCUCAAGCAUCUGCUGUCCACUGUGCAACUCAACUGGUACUUCACUAAGAGGCCGGACGAGCUCACACAACACGCUCACAUUGAGAAGAACGCCAUAGAAAUAGCCAAAGACCUGCAGAAGUUAAAUAUGGACGACUUGGACAAGGCGGGCGUGGACGAAAACCACGUGACCCGCCGCAAGACGCUACACAAUUUGGAGCGCGCGCGAGAAACCAAGACUAACAUCAUGAAUUUGGACACCAACUUCAAGCGGCGCAUGAUGAACCCCGAGCCAGAGAUAAUAUCACGUCUGUCUUCGCUGGGCGGUAACGCGAACACGCGGCGAGCGACGCUACGCGCGCUGCAGACGCGGCGCGAGUCAGUCAUAGCUGAGCGACGCCGAUCGCAGAUGGAGAAGGCGAGGGAAUCCACCUCGGCUUACCUUUAUGAUGCUCCGAGCAACAACUUGAAUGAGAUGGGCGGGCGGCGGUCGACGCUGGGCUUCCUGAACAAGGGCUACGAGCCGGCGCUGGACAGCGACGAGGACGAGGGUCCGCGCGCGCGGCCCAGCGUGCGGUUCAAGCAGGACUUGUGAUCAUAUACUACAUAUUAUUCUUAUGUUAUUGUUGUAAAUAAAUCAUACCUAUUUAAUUUAAA